AUGCACUUUACAACGAGAAUGAUUGCUAAUGGGCUACUGACGGAUGGCACUACCCUGACGGGUGAAGCUGUUUUGGUAAAAUUGGCGACUAUUUUCGCCAUCUUUUACCAUGUUUCAAGCGUCUUCAUUCUGAGGUCUAUCAUUGGUGUCGUAAUUCUCGGUGCACUCUGUUUGAACAAUUAUUUGAUGCUUCAUUCCCUUCUUGUUUCCGUCUCUCACAUGACGAACGUUAUCUUCUAUCUUGAUUAUGCAUACCCUUUUCUAGGUUAUGAUUGUACUGGAUAUUGCCGGCCCUUCCCCUUUAGAUAUGGCGACAUCUUUUCCCCUAUAACCGUACCAUCCGGUGCUCUUCCUAUCGAGGGCCGUUCGAAUUACGGCUCGAGGGUAGGCUCAUUGGGGGGGACCUGCUUUGUUAUUCCAUCAUAUCGCGUCGCCCGACACGCAUCCGAGAGGCGACAGUCUAUUUCAGAUGGUUUUCGAUACGCCGAUUUGGGUAGCUUCCUGUUAUCCUGUCCGUGCUAUCGCAUCGCAUCGCCCAUCAUUCAUCUAGGUGAUGGCCUUUUGCUUGGGAAUAUGUCCAAAAUCGCGGAGAACGCGAAAGGCGAGAGUGAAGGUAAUCGCACUGUAGUGUUCAUAUGCAAUGAUGCUCUACCAAUUCGAGAGAUAGCAGGCUCUUGUGCCAGACUUCUGUGGUGUUUGCAUGAAUGUUUGUUUGCUCUCAUUCACUUGAUACAAACAGCGUAUUUCCUUCUGACUUGGUCUACGGUUUUGAUUACUUUGAAUCUAUCUUUUGAAUUUGAUCUUCACUCUCUCAUCCUCUGCUGCAUUCUUCGAUAUCAGAAAUUUAGCGCACCCAUUGCCCCUUCACUCCGGAACUUGACUUAG